AUGCCUUGUUCCACUAAUAACGAUCCCAAUGCGUUAUUUUACGACUUGACUGAUUCCUUCAGUGCAGAGAGACAAUUAUUUACUCACUGCAUUCAAAAUGAUGAAAUUUUAAAUAAUCUCAUAAUGUUUUCCUCCAUUGGACAAAUUGUUCCGAAUCUUUAUAUUGGAUAUGAACAGUCAGAUCAUACUAGAUAUCCAAAAGAUGAAGAUGAUAUUUAUAAUGAUAUUUUGGAUAUGGAUGGUCUCAAGAGUAUUCGAGUGAAAUUGAAAAAUGUCAAGUUGGUGCCUGAUGAUGGUUUAGUGGUGCGUUCUUGCAAUGGCUAUAGUACCAUUCAAUUUAAUCCAUUAGAAAUACACGAAAAAGAAUUGACAGAAUUUGAAUUUGAAAAGAAGGGAAAAGUCCCGAUCAUGAUUGAAUUCAAGAAGGAAAAUACCCAAAUUCAUGCACUUAAUCAAGAUUUACUAUGCUACUUGUUCCAGUUUGUUGACACUAAGAGUUUACUUGCAAAUUACUCUCAAGUCUGUUCGAAUUGGUUCAGAAUGAUCUAUUUUGAUAAAUCAAAUGCAAUGAAUUAUCUAUUCGAGAAUAGGACAGUUUCUUUCUUUGAGAAGAGAGGUGCAAGCUCUGAAACAAUUCACACCUUGAAAAGAUUGAACGAAAGAUAUCAACUAGAUUGGUUGGAAACAUACAUGAUGAGUGGAAUGUUUCAUUUUGAAAUGGAUGGAGAGGAAAUUAUGGACGAAUUACAGACUCUGCUAGUAUAUUCUAGUGAGGAAAAAUCAUUUUUCUACACUUCAAUUAUCUUGGAUCCACUUCAAUAUUUAAGAGAUGUUAUAACAGAGGAUCACAUCUUGUUCGAGAAACUUUCCAAACAUACUCGUAAAGUAGUUUCAGUUUCAAAGAAUUGUAUCAGUUCAGCCAUUGAUCAACAUAUUCUAAAUGGAUUUGUCUCCAAUUUGGUUGGUUUGGACUCCACUGAUGAUAAUGUGUUAUCAAUUGUGGAGAGAAUCUUACUCUCCCCAUGCACAACCCCUCUCGCAAAAGAUCAAUUAUCAAUUGAUAUUAAAAAGUCAAUCCCUUUCUACAUUGACUUUUUAAGAGAAUUGAGGAAAAAGCUCAUCAUUUCCUUUGCUAAUGAGUACAAACAUACAAGUGGAUUGUGUAAUUUAGAACCUCUUAAUUUUGGAAAAUUAUUGGAAAACAGGAAACUUUACAACUCAUCAAAUGAAUCAUCAUUGGAAAAUGUUGAUUCUUACUUGCCAGCAACAUAUAGGGUUGAUUUGAUGCACUUGUUGUUGAAUGGAAAGAAGGGCAAUACUGAAAGUGAACCACUUAGUUUGGUAGAUCCCCACCUAUUUCUACAACCAAUUCAUGCCAUUCAAUUUUUAAAAGAACAUAUCAUUGAUUUGAGUAAGGUUAUGGACACAGCCACAACAGAAAUUGAACGUUCUGAAUGGAUUGAUAAAUACAGUGAGGAAUAUAGAAUAUUCAUAUCAACAAUUCAUGAAAAAUCAAUCACUCCACCAAAGCAAGUAGACCUCUUCUUCCAUUUACACAUGUUGCACCCAAACAAUUUCAUUCAAGAUUGUCAAAGAUUGGCCAAAUCCAUUAAGGAACACCAAUUUAAUUUUGAAUGGCAGAAAAACGAAGCUUCUCGGGAGUAUGAUGAAUAAGCCAUCAUCUCAUUAAAUUCUUCUCCAUUAUCAUCAACUCUUGAAUAUUUAAUUAAAAUUAAUAUUUUAAAAUUUUGUAUUAAAAAAA